CUCCUUCUCCCCUCUCUCCUCUGGUGUUCCGCAGGGCCGGAUGCUCUCAAAGUUACCUGAAGCCAAGAGUUCGACCGCGCUUUAUUGUGUUUCUGAGACAUGCGAAUGGCUCCGCCCCGCCCACUCGAUCAAGGGCUCUUUCUGUCCGGACUGGGAAAUAAGGAAACCGAAACUUAACAGACGCGUCGCCUGAAGUUGUGAACUUGUGACUGUGACACGUUGCCUAGAAGUCGAUCAGCAUAUUGGCGGUCUGCAGGAAAUAUAUUGAACCUUCUAAUCGAAAACGAUGCUAGAAGAAGACCACAUACAAAGACCAAAUGCGGUGGAGAUGUUGCAGUCGUACGUCUCCGACACUCUGGACUACUUUGACACAGUGACCUCAUUCUGUAACGAAAACUCCAAAUGGAGGCUCCGGAGGGAGACAGAGCUGGGGCUGAUGACUGAUAUUGAGGAGAGGGCCAGCCGACUGAACCUUGGGUUUUUCCAGGUGUUCAGGUCUACAAAUGUAGGUAAAGCCUUCGGGGACUAUUGGAGUUCAGGCACUAGAAGCAAAGAGCUGGAGAAAGAGCUAGCUACUGUGCUGAAGAACACUCUGGAAGGAGUGGAGAAGCUCACCUACUUCCUGGAUGCUGUGGAGAAGCUCGCAGUAACUUCUCUGCAGGUGUUCACGGGCGGAGAAGAGGUGAUGAAGCUGUCUUUGGGGUUCAGCCUGGAGAGUGUGAAGGACAUCAUCUCAGCUGCCCGGCUGGUCUGUCCUUUCCUCCUGCACUUCAAGAAAGAUGCUGAGGUCUUCUUCACGCCCAGCCUCCACAACGUGGCCGUCUUUGCGGCUGAGUUGGACAAAUACAUCCGCACCACUAAGUUUAUCUGUAAAACGAUUGACGCAAGCUUUACUGUCGGCUUCGGGCACAAAAGACGCCGCCAGCCUUUGGUUGAGUUUGCGGAGGAUCUCACGGAGGAGGUCCUGCAGAACACCCUGGCCCACGUCGAAGCCCUCUCCAGUCUCAGGAGGGACCAGGACUUCAGACUGGUGUUCUUAUUCCAGGAGGAGCCAGUCUCCAGCUUCGUCGACCAGUUCAGCGAGUGUCUUCCCAGAAUGCUCCAGUUCCUCAAUGAGAUGGAGGGCUGUGCCGUCCAGCUGGACCGGAUGAGCAUGGGCUCCAAGAUCUCCACGGUGGCUGGGAGCUCAGUGGGGGCCGUGGGGGGGGUCAUGGCCAUCGUGGGUCUUGCUCUAGCCCCGGUGACAGCUGGGGUGUCUCUGGGUCUGACCUUGGGGGGGCUGGGUCUGGGGGUCACCAGUGGUGUAAACGGUAUAGUCACCACAGUAACAGAGAUAGCGGUCAAUAAAGGCCAGCAAACGAAAGCCUGUGAAGGCCUCCAGAGCUUCAUGGAGGAUGUGGUGAGAAUCCAGGCGUGCCUGGAAAAGGUGACCAAUAAGAGGGAAGUGUUAUUAGGAGAGGAUUAUGGUCAUGCGUUUGAGGGAGGAGCCAAUUUAGUCAGAAAUGUAAGUGCAAUUGGCCAAGGCGUGAAUGUCCUUGUGGACAGCCUUGAUGACGUAGGGAUGGCAGCUGCCCGUGGGCCGGCCGCCCUCUCCAAGGCCGCCAGGGUUGGGUUCAUCGGCCUCAACGCUGUGUUCCUUGGUUUAGACAUCUUCCUCAUCUGCAAGGACAGCAUCAGUUUGGCCAAAGGGGACAAGAGCGCCAUCUCCCAGUUCAUCAGAGCCAGGGCGGCCCUCCUGCGCUCGAUGCUCGACGCGUGGCAGACGAUGCACAAGGCCCUGCUCUGUGGGCUGCUGGAGUCCAAACGGGGCCGCAGUUUACUGGAGCAGCCUUUGAAUCCGCUGACGGAGGCCACGGAGGACGACGCAGGAGUUGUCGGUGUGGUGAGCACAUGAUGAGAAGACGUGGGUCCAUGUUGACGUUUGGCCGUCGGUGCUCUUGUACGUUUGGUAACUUGUAGGCCGACAGGAUCUUCUUCAGUUGAGUUCUUCCAAACUGUUUGAGGAGUCGGGCAGUGGAGCAGGCAACAUGGCCGCCCUCAGGGUGUGUUCAUGUUGGUCCUCAUAUGACACACCGAGAUUAGAUUCGAUUAAUUUGCCAUUGCACAGGAAAACAACGUAAUUCAAUGCACUCACGUACUGGACUCAUUAAAAACAGAAAGGUAGCAUAAUAAAUACUCAAUGAAGUAAAAUAAUACACUCAUCUUAUUCACUCAGUAUAAUCACGUCUACAAUAUACCAUAUACUCAGUGCCAUUGUAUGCCUUAAAACAGUAGUGCAAAAUAUAUAAAGUGCAUAGCAUUGCAUUAGGUGUGGAUGUCACAGAUUAAUGCUGUCAGAGCUAGUGGGUUUGUUUUCAGGUCAGAGUUGAGUACGGUGGCUGCUUUGGGAUAGAAACGUCAAGAAUCUUGUGGUGCGUGUUCUGAUGGACAUGUAACGUUCCCCUGAGGGCAGCAGUUCAAACAGAUAAUUGGAACAAACAGGGUGGAAUGAGUCUUUCAGAAUGUUGUGUGUCUUCUGCAAGCAGCGGGAGUUGAAGAUGGUGUCCAUGGUAGGUAGAUGUUGGUUGAUGAUGUUUUGGGCGGUUUUUAUAGUCCUCUGCAGGGACUUUCUGUCUGCAGCAGGAGUGCUACCGUACCACGACAGGAGGCCGUAGGUGAGCACACUCUCAAUGGAGCAGCGAUAGAAGGACCUCCGGUGCUGUUGUGAGAGAUUGGCUUUCCUGAGUGUGCGAAGAAAGUAAAACCGCUUCUGUGCUUUCUUUACUAUUGCUGCGGUGUUUAUUGUCCAUGAUAAGUUCUCUGAGAUGUGUAUGCCCAAGAAUUUGAAGCUGGACACUCUCUAUAAAAUGGAUAAAUAGAUCGAUUCUUUAUUCAUCCCCUUGGGGAAAUUCAGGUAUCCAGUAGCUCACAAAGUCAGUCCAAAAACCGUAAAGUUGACAAAGAACAAAAUGGAAGAACAGAAAAAAGUCAAUCACAUAGGUCAUUGAGCCAGACAUGAGCAAUAUUGCAAAUCCCGCACACCAAUGUUGUGUGUUUGCGGGUCCAAUCGUCCACUUCUUCAGCCAAACUCAGCCGUGUGAGUCUACUGCCCAUAUACUGACAGCAGGACACUUUCUGUUAUGAACUUUGUAGCCUAAAGCAAUAACUUGUAUUUUGUGGGAAAUAAUACAAUCAUGUGUCAAAAUCGAAUGACAAUGUGGGGGGGGGGUGGCGUGUGUGUGCAACCCA